AUGCUUUUUCUUUUUCUGCUGGAACAAGGUUGUCUUCUUGGUGACCAAACUCCCUUCUUUCUUCACUUAUUUUCCUCCCGUCCGCCUGGAAGUUACGUCUUUAUUUUACGGCCGCUAGAAGGGGACUUCUCAAAACUUUCUCUGAAGGGGAAACUUGCCCUCAGCAACUUUGUUACCCAUGCAUCCUUCACUUAUGCGCAAACGCUGCCUGCCUUUUCAGUUGAGAGAGAGAGAGAAAACGAACCUCUUCUUUCUAAGCUGUCUUGUUUCCAACUGCUGCUAACGUCCAGUCCCAGUUCUCCCUUCCCUUUCAAAAAGCAUGUUGUGGUCCCACAAGAGAAUCCGCAUUUCUCUGAGUGCCGAGUGGCACUGUCCAUGACGCCCCUCCCCCACAGAGGAACGACCGCACCUCAACUUCCCGUCAUCUAUACGUCCAUUCCGACCGUCGACACGUCCGGAACGACCGCACUUCAACGACCAGUCCGACCGUCGACACGUCCGGAACGACCGCACUUCAACAACCAGUCCGACCGUCGACACGUCCGGAACGACCGCACUUCAACGACCAGUCCGACCGUCGACACAACCGGAACGACCGCACCUACACGUCCUACUGUCGACACGUCCAGUUUAAUCGUCGACACGACCAGAACAACCACAUCUCAACUUCUAGUCAUCGACACGUCGGGUUCGGCCACACUUCAAUUACCUGACAUCGAAGCCCGACUAACCAACAGAAUAUGA